AUGCAGAAAACCCCCGAAGUGGCACUGUGUGCCUGCCGCCAGUGCAUCUCUGUUGAGGAUGAAGACCCCUGGUUCAGGAAGCGCUUUAACACGUCCAUAUCGCCGCUCUUGUCACAGAAGAACGCCAUGCUGUCUGACGACACCUUUCAAUGGUGGCAGAGGCUACAGACUAAGAAAAAUGCCAACUACAGUGCUGUGGUGCAGAAACUAUUCAAGGUUGUCCCUGGGGAGGGACAUUACAACGACUCAGGGCCCAAUCGCUGCAGGACUUGCGCUGUAGUCGGGAAUUCUGGGAACCUCAAGGGAUCUGAUUACGGAGCCCUCAUUGACUCCAAUGACUUCGUCAUAAGAAUGAACAAAGCUCCCAUUUUGGGCUAUGAAAAGGACGUAGGGAACAGAACCACCCAUCGUGUCAUGUACCCAGAAAGUGCCACAAACCUGCAAAAGGACACAAGUCUGCUGCUGAUACCAUUCAAGACUUUGGAUCUGGAGUGGAUUACUAGUGCUCUGACCACAGGCACUGUGAAACGCACCCGGAUGCCGGUGAUGGCCAAGAUUAAUGCAGACAAGAAUAAGGUGUUAAUAUACAACCCCACGUUCUUAAAGUACGUCUAUGAUGUGUGGCUUGAACGCCAUGGGCAAUAUCCCUCCACCGGCUUCUUAACCUUGAUGUUCGCCAUCCACGUAUGUGAUGAGGUGAAUGUUUUUGGAUUUAGAGCAUCCAAGGACAGAACCUGGCAGCAUUACUGGGAGACAAGGAAAUUUCUCCAGUCAAUGCCAACCGGAGGGCAUGCUGGAGACUAUGAGUCCAUCACCAUGAAGCUGCUGGCCUGUAAAAAUAAAAUGAAGUUGUUUGAAGGGAGAUGA